UGUUUAUCGGAGCUGCUCAGUGUCCUCAAUGCUUCAGUGCGAGUCACCUUUCAGCUGUCUUUUUCUCCAUACUCUUUUCUCCCUGAGCUGUGUUCUUCUUUUUCCUUCUUACUGGUUCAUUGAUCGCCUUCUGUCUUGUGUGGUUCUCACCAGCAGAGAGCGCUCUCAGGGUCCUGCCCUGAGGAUCCUUUCCCUGGUCCUCGGGGUUCCGUUCUUCCUGCUUCUUUUCCUUCUUUCACUGCCCUUAAGUGUUUUAGGUUUUGUGUUCUGGGCUCCUCUGCAUCGAGCUCGCCGUCCAUUCUGUUAUCAGCGACAUUUACAGACGCACAGCCCUCCAGAGAAGAUCCUUCAGGGUGACUGCUUGUUCAUCUUCAUCAGUGCUAAUCUCUGUCUCCUGCCGGAUGGCUUGGCACGUUUCAGUAACCUGAGUCACACACAACAUCGCACUUCUCUCAUUUCCAAGUUCCUGAGUCUUCCCGCAGAGCCGGUACAGACCAGUAGUGAAGACUCAUUGCCGAUUUGUAGCACAGAAGAUGUCCUGCCAAUACUUGAGACACCUGAUAAGAAGGAGCAAGUUAAACAUGGAGAAGGAGAUUUCCCUUUUGACGUUUCCUUGGUUUUUCCCCAAAAUGCUGAUUUUUUAUGCCUGCAGGAAGUGUUUGAUGGACGUGCGUCUCGUAAACUGCGACGCUGCCUUGCUCCUUCCUUUCCCCAUAUUUUGUAUGAUGUUGGUCCUUCAGGACCUCACAGUGGUGGCUUCAAGUUCUUUAACAGCGGAUUAUUCCUGGCCAGUCGACACCCACUUAUUAAUGCCAAGUACUAUUUCUAUCCCAAUGCUCGUGGGGAGGAUGCUCUGGCUUCCAAAGGACUGCUCUGUGUCAAGGUUCACAUUGGACUCACAGAACAGAAGCAAAGGAUUGUGGGAUAUAUAAACUGCACGCACUUGCAUGCUCCUGAAAGUGAUGCCACCAUACGUUGCGAUCAAAUGUCUUUCCUUCUUCAGUGGGUGUCUGACUUCCAGACUCAGCAUAGAGAAGACGGAGAACUUGUGGCUUUCGAUGUCCUCUGUGGGGAUCUGAACUUUGACAAUUGCUCUUCAGAUGACUGCUUAGAACAAAAGCACAAGUUAUUCUCUAUAUACAAGGAUCCGUGCAGAGACCGCGCAGGAAGAGAUCGGCCAGGAGCUGUUGGCACUCUGCUCAGACCGGAAUCCUUGUAUCACGAGGCUGUAAACACUCCAGCGAGUAUGAAAAGUACACUUCAGUCGGACGCUGAGCGGAAGCUUUAUGUGGCUCCACCUAUCCCUCAGGAUGAUGACGACACUCACUGGACUGGACGCCGCAUAGAUUACAUCCUGUACAGGGAUUCAGACUCCGUCCAUCCAGUGGCUGUGGAUAAGUUCCAGUUUAUCACACAAUUGGCCGGACUGUCGGAUCAUAUUCCCGUAUCACUGCACCUGUCCCUCUCACUGUCUGGAAAUACUUCUCUCUGACUGUAAAUGUAAUACUGACACGCAUAUACCUCAAUGUGACCUGAGAAAUUAAUGGACUAUAUAUGUUCUGUAUUUGCAGCUACCAAGCUUGGUAGAUAUUGCUUGUUUACCAAGUCAGAUGAGGAUCAUUCAUUAUAUUGUACAUUUAUGUGACCUAAAAGUAAAAUAAACAAAACUAUUGCACUUUA